UCAACUUCGCCGCUCAUCCAGUCUGUGAAGGCUCUUGUCAAUAGCAGUGUGAUCCUCGAAUUUUUACCAGCGGAAGAUGUAGACCUAGUAUCGAAUUAUACCGUCGAGUACCGAGAUGUGACUGAAACAGGUUGGAACCAUUUCGAUUUUGAAUCGGACGCAUCAAAUCGAGUGCUGCUCACCGGCCUUGAACCCAAUAGGACCUACGAAGCUCGUCUGUUCGUAAACGGCCAUGUUAUCCGUGGGCAUCGGUCCCGUCUCGUUACAUUUACCACCAAUAACACCGCUCAGCUGCCCAAAAUAUCUCUAGAUCCGGAAACUGAAGUCGUAUUCGACCCGGACAUCUUAGUACCACUUGAAGUGCGUUGUGAUGUCAUUUCGUCACCACCGAUCAAAAUAUUCUGGCUAGUUAAUGGACAGCGAAUCCAACCUGACCAUGCAUUCUACACGGUCACUACUUCGACGCAUGAUGGGCAGAACUUGUCAUCGUCGCUCAGGAUGAAGUCGAGGACGCGCAGCGAUAACCUGACAUGUGUCGCGGUAAAUCCAGCCGGCCAAAUAGCUCGAUCAGUCUCCGUGCAAAUCCGUGGACCAGGAAGCCCGCCAUCUUCCGUCACACUACAGAGUGAACGAGGUGGUUAUACCGUAUCUUGGCUACCACCUUCACAUCCGAAUGGAAAUAUUACGGUAACACUCUUGUGGAUACGAAAUGAAUAU